AUGGCCAGCGUCAAGUCUGAGAAGCGCCAUGCGCAAGAUGAGGGCAAUGCGCCCGACGCGAAACGCAUCAAACCCUCAGUAUCACCACCGCCCGAGACAGACUAUGUCAUCAACCACGACGCAUUCCCGAAGAAGCCAGCCGUGAUCGAGGAAGAGAAUGGCGACAUCUCCUUCCAGGUGGUCAACAAUGACGGCAAACCGAACUCGCAUAUCGUCCUGACCGGCUUGAAAUGCAUCUUCCAGAAACAACUGCCCAAGAUGCCGAAGGACUACAUUGCGCGACUCGUUUACGACCGAACACACUUGAGCAUCGCGAUUGUCAAGAAGCCUCCCCCCGGUAGCUUCGCGGAGAGUUCAAAUCUUCCAGGAGAGGUCGUGGGUGGAAUCACAUACAGACCCUUCAAGGGACGACAAUUCGCCGAGAUCGUGUUUUGUGCCAUCAGCAGCGACCAGCAGGUGAAAGGAUACGGCGCGCAUCUCAUGAACCAUCUAAAAGACUACGUCAAGUCUACCAGUGAUGUGAUGCACUUCCUGACCUACGCCGACAACUACGCAAUCGGUUACUUUAAGAAGCAAGGAUUCACGAAGGAGAUCACGCUGGAUAGGCCAAAGUGGAUGGGAUACAUCAAGGACUACGAGGGAGGGACUAUAAUGCAGUGCUCUAUGCUGCCCAAGAUCAAGUACCUUGAAUCAGCGCGUAUGCUGCUCAAGCAGAAGGCCGCGGUUCAUGCCAAGAUAAGAGCUGUGAGCAAGAGCUACGACAUAUAUGGGCCGCCCAUGCAGUGGAAGAAUGUAAAAAAAGGACAGCCGUUACCAGCGAUCAAUCCACUGGACAUUCCUGCAAUCAAAGCGACUGGCUGGUCUCCAGACAUGGACGCGCUCUCGCGUCAGCCACGUCGUAAUCCGUCGCAUAGCUUGCUACUUGCUCUGCUGUCCGCCUUACAAACCAGUUCCUCCGCUUGGCCCUUCCUACAACCCGUCAAUGGCGAAGAGGUUCACGACUACUACGAGGUCAUCAAGGAGCCCAUGGACCUUUCAACGAUGGAGAGCAAGCUGGAUAAGGAUCAGUAUGAGACCGUCGAGGACUUCGUUCGCGACUGUCUGCUCAUCGUUCGCAACUGCCGCCGUUACAACGGGGAGACUACACCUUACGCAAAGGCUGCAGUGAGGUUGGAGAAGGAUAUGUGGAAGAAGAUCCGGGAAGUGCCGGAAUGGUCGUAUCUCGAACCUGAGAACUUCGAGACCACCGCCAGACAGGCUCCCGAAUGA